AGGACAAAUAUAGGACAUAGCUCAGUGUGUUAGGAAUUCCCUUAGUAGCAGUUGACGGCAAUUAUUGUUAGAACUAAAAAUGUUUUACAACAUUUUAAAAGUAUUAAUUUUUAUACAUCCAAUUUGUGGUUUUGUAUUCGACGGUCGAUUUAAACAUUUGGUAAAAGAAGUAACUUCCUUGAUACAGUUUGGACCUCCUGUUCACGAAACUAAAUGGUUGGAACAGAAGCUUGAUCAUUUUGAUGACAACGAAAAUCGUAAAUGGAAAAUGCAGUAUUUUAAAAGAAACGAUUUUUGGAAACCAAAUGGCCCAGUCAUUCUAUUUAUUGGCGGCGAAGCUGCAGCAUCGCCUGGUUUUUUAUAUGGGGGUAUGGCUUAUGAAUUGGCAAAAGAGACGAAUGGUGUGAUUUUUGCAUCGGAACACAGAUAUUAUGGUAAAAGUGUACCUUUGAAAUUUAAUACUGUCGAUGAUUUUAAGUAUUUAAGCGCAAGACAAUCUCUCGCCGACAACGCACAUCUAAUACGAACAAUUAAAUUAAAUCCACUUUAUUCUAAAGCCAAAAUUGUUGUGAUCGGUGGCACUUAUUCCGGAAACUUAGCAGCUUGGAUGAGGUUAUUGUACCCAGAAUUGGUUGACGCAGCAGUAGCCAGUAGUGCACCAGUUUUAGCAAAGAAAGAUUUUUACGAAUACCUAGAAAAGGUAAACGACGUAUAUGAAAAAUAUGGCACUAAUGACUGCUUAGCUAAAAUAAAAGAUAAAUUCAAAAGAUACGAAACCUUAUUAGAAUCUCAAGAUGGUAUCGAACAGCUAAAGAAGGAAGAGAAUAUUUGUCCCGAUACUGAUUUGAGUGUACCAGAAAACAAACAAACGUUUUUCCUUACUAAGACAUCUGAAUUUAUGGGGGAAGUACAAUAUGGUCGCGUUGACGAUAUUAAAUAUCGCUGUGAACAUUUUAAUGAAACCAUAGAAAGUCAACUUGAUGUCGAACCGAAUUUAUGGAGAGAAGAAAGCCAAUGUCACGACUACGAUUUCAACAGAAUGGUUGAUUAUAGUUACAAAAAUAAAUCUAGCUUUAUCGCUUGUUGGACAUAUCAAACAUGUACCGAGUUCGGAUACUUCCAGAGUUCUACUUCUAGUAAACAACCCUUUACGAAUAAUAUACCGGUAGAUUACUAUGUUAAAUUAUGCAUGAAAGCAUUUGGUUCUGAAUUCAACGAUACGAGAGUAGAUAAUGGAAUAAAUAAAGUGAACGACAUUUAUGAAGGCUUACAUCCAAAUGUAACCAAAGUCGUCUUUGUAAACGGGGACAUGGACCCGUGGAGUACAAUUGGAAUUUUAGAAGACGUAUCUCAUGACGCUCCAGCUAUUAUUAUUCCUCGUGCAUCUCAUUGUAGAGAUUUAGUUGUAAGUCACAAUGACGAAGUAGAGUUGCAAGAAGCUGUAAAACACAUCAAAGACUUGAUUAAGAAAUGGAUAGGAGUUGGAGAAUUCAUUUGAAUAUAUUUGAUUUACUUGCAUUAUUAAAAACAUAACAACAUC